AUGGCUGCUGUCAGCUUUCCCCUUCCACUGGCCACCAUUCCGCGUCCCAUGAAAUUUGUUCCCUUCAAACCUUCUUUCAAACCUUCAGCACUUGACCCCAAGCCGAAGGCCAAGCUGAAGGCCAAGCUGAAGGCCAAGCCUACGCCCAAGCCUACGCCCAAGCCUACGCCCAAGCCUACGGCCCCGCCUACGCCCCCCAUAUCACUCAGGUUGAAAUUGAUAGGGUGGGCUGACAUCCACGAUUUCUCAACCGAUCUGUCAAACUUCACUGCGUUGCAUUCUCCGAGUCCGGAACCGCUAGCUACGGUGGGAACUACUAGCCCUUUACAUUCGCUAUAUCCAAAUGGCGACGGCAACCUGAGCACUUUUUCUCCUUCGCAGAUAUCACGGAGUAAGCAGUCUGGCCAGGAAGAGCUUUGCCUCACUGUAGACGUCGAGGAUAUAGACUUGUUUGAUGGAAGUAAUCCAGGAUUUCCUUUACUUCUGGAUGAUGACCUCGAUGCAGCUGGCAUGCGCACAACAUCCGUGGAAAACAUGACAGCUGUGUAUAAUGGUGAGCAGUCCUCCUGCACUCUUAAGAAAUGGGUUUUAACGCCCUUGGAAGACAGUUGUAUCAAACAGAACGCACCUUACAAUGAUAUUGAUAUGAGGAACCCACUAUCUGCAACACGCAAACGGAAGCACGCCUCACUGGUCGAUACAAAACCUUCCUCUCUAGGAAGGCUAGACUGCACCUCGAAACCAGCCUCGGAAAACUCCCGCUCAGCAAAGCGGCGGUCGGCCCAGCCCCAGGGAGAGAGCCUUGAACCUAUGUGCACACCAACGUUGUCGUCGACGAUGACGCCACUGCAGGCACGCGGCAGUCAUUUAUUGCCUGUUAGAGUCAGCAGUGAUCUAAAUCCUGGUGACGGGGACGGUAGUGGCAAAGACGAUGGCGCCUACGGCUCAAACCUAUCUCGAAGCAACCUCCAUAAUUCACAGAAUAGCGGUAACAGCAAGCACCAAGAGGGUGGGAUGGAGAAAGAGCUGCUGUAUUCUCCAAGACAGUCAAUCUCUCCAUCUAAACGAAGAGAGAGUAGUCAAUACUUCAGUUACAAUCCAGAGAUGGGUGAAGAUGAUGGCGACGCCAACAAUGAUCAAGUUUGGGAGAGCUCUAAGGAUGAACUCAGCCAGGCCUGUGAUAUGUCAGUGACAAGUUCUCGGCGACAUAAACCAAGCAAUUAA